GCUUGUCAUGUUAGUGCAUUGUAUCCUAUUGAAUCUUCACAACCCACCUAUUUUAUUUUCUCUUUUUCUCCACAGUGUUAUCACUUUUAUCUCUUCCACUUCCACUAAAUAAACAAUAAUAUCAAAAUCUAGAAAAGUCCAACCUUUUUCUCUCUUUAGGAACAGUAGCAGCAGUGGAAAUUAUACAGAUCUCUUUUGGGGUUGUUAAGAAUUAGUGGCAAUUCAAUCUUGAGAUUGAGAUUUAAGAAGAAUUAAUGGGUGAAUCAAUUGUAGAAGUACCAAAUGCCGAAAAUAAGACGAGAGAGUCGCUUGACUCUGGUGUUGCACUGGAGGCAUCGGUUUCCUUUGGUAGGUUUGAGAAUGACUCACUUUCUUGGGAAAAAUGGUCGACUUUUUCGCCAAAUAAGUACUUGGAAGAAGUUGAGAAAUGUUCAACUCCUGGAUCGGUAGCUCAGAAGAAGGCUUAUUUUGAAGCUCAUUACAAGAACAUUGCUGCUAGGAAGGCACAACUAGAUCAGGAGAAGAAAAUGGAAAUUAAUCAUUUGAAGACACAAGAACAAAAUAGUGAAGAUCAUGUUGGAGACGUUUCUGGGGCUGAAAUUGAACCCUGUAUAGACGACGCUCUGAACUCUCCUGAAACGGUUGGGCAAGUCACUCAUUCAGUUGGUGUCAUGAGUUGCAGCCUCUCUGAUGAGUCCAAUGAGAAUGCUGCAAUUUCUAUAGAGUGCCAGAGCCCAUCAGUUGAUGGACCGAAAGAGGGAUCGGAUAGCAUACCAGAUAGCCUUGAAUUGAACAAAUCAGAAGAAGCUGUUUUGGUUCAAGAGGGCACUCAUAGAUAUGGAUUUGAGGUGAGGAUGACACAGAUGCCUGUAUUAGUACCAAAACCUGAGGACAAGUUGGAAUUGCGGAUGGAUUUGGGGGAGACAGGUAACAGUCUGGAAAACAAAAAGAAGAAUCCAAAUUUGGGUGGAUUGAACAAAUCUCAAAAGGUUGGCCCUAGUAAAAAUGAGGGAAAUUUGGCCCGAGCAAAGAAGAAGCCAAUAUCACCUUUAGUAAAAAAAUCUUCACAAUUUUCCACUCCCAAAACGUCAAAAACAAUGUCAACCUCUCCUGUAAUGUCCACUUCUCGGUCCUCAGCUAGAAAGGGAAAUGGUUCAUCAUUGCCAAGUAGCAAAACUCCUCCUGUACGAGAAAGCAAGAAAGUAGUUCAUCCAUCUGUGCACAUGUCUCUAAAUUUUGAUGCUGCAAAUUCUGAAUCAUCUUCUCUUACCACAACUAGAAAGUCUAUCAUUAUGGAGAAAAUGGGGGACAAAGAUAUUGUUAAGCGAGUUUUUAAGACAUUUCAAAACAAUUUCAACCAAGAAAGGUCUUCUGCUCAUGAGAUAUCUUCUGCACAAAAGGAGGUGUCUACAACUGUGCCUGAACAAAAGAUGUCCAAUCCUUCAACUCCCCAAAAGGAAAAUGAGGGAAUAAGAAGGGGAACAGAGAAGAAGGAUGCUCAAAGAGGUCAUCUGGGAAGAAAUUGGAAUUCUCCUUCAUCUGGAUCAUUAAAAGGAGCUGGUAUGGAUCAAAGGAAAUCAAAGCCUGCCCCAUCUUUGAACUUGAGAAAUGAGGAAGGCACUGUUACCCAAAAGAUUUUCAAGAAACGGGAGGAAAAGUCAUAUUCUAAAGAAGCGCAAAAACCGCAACUUAAUUCUAAGUUGAAGGAUGGAAAGCAGUCUGAGAUUAGGAAGUUAAGACAGAGCCCCAGCAUCAAAGCUGCCUCAAUGCCAAGUUCUUAUCCGGGGCACGUGUUAUCAAAGGGUCCUUUGGAUAAGGAGGGUGUCAAGAAUCGUCGACCCCAACGAUGACAAGAAAUGCAGAGGCAAAGGAUCGAUGCUCAAACAACCACCAGGUUAAUUAACUAAGUACAUCCAUCAACCUUCUUCAAAGGAAUCCGAAGAGGCGCAGCUUUGGAGAAGCAUUAAUACACACAAACUGCCUCACUGGGGACCCGCCUGAGGAUGAUAUUAAUGCUUUAGCUGACAGAAACCAUCGACGAAGUAGUUAGAACAGCCAUUAGCCAACGCAUGUGGGCAAAACUGUGUUUUCGUGGCUUCCUUCUAUAAUGUGCGGGAGACUAGAAAAGGCCUGUCGCUGUCUUGCAUUGACAACCGCUACAUUUUGUUGGCUCUUCGUCUUUAUUGCGUCUUCCUUGCGUGCCUAGAGAACAUGAAUCCCUCUAACUCCAUUCAAUCUUAAUCCUAAUGUAGUGUCAGGCAAGGGACAUUUCGUCGCAAAAUUUGUUAGAUCAAAUAUCAUGUAUUCUACACAAUUAGAGAUCGAGUCGUUAUAUAAAUAACCCAUUAGGGGAUUAAAGUCUUACAAUAAUUGUUAUUGUCGUUGUCGUCGUCGUCGUCUUUGUACUCUAUCAAAUAAGUUGAUGGAUUUGAAAUUGAUACUGUUUUAGUACUUAAUUUACAUGAUACAUACUAUGAAGAGAA